GGCAUGCUUUUGGUCACUUAUGUAGUUAUUUGUCUUUAUUCACUAUGAUAUACCUCGGUCACUCAUAAAGUUUUCCAAUAAGUUUUGAGCAUUGCAGACAUUAGAUAUAUUCAAAAUGUUUCCAAUAUUCCUCUUAUGUUUAGCAGUGACUGCCUCAGCUGCCAAAAUGAAUCCCUACAUUGUAGGGGGCAGUGAGGUUUCAAUUAAGGACUGGUCCUUCAUUACCUUCGUACAAAUAACUGACGGCCCUAAUGUUGCGGCCUGUGGGGGGUCUCUCCUCAGCUCGCAAACUGUGCUGACAGCAGCUCACUGUCUGGAUGAUUUCACCAAGAAAAAGAAAGUGAAAGGUGUAUCAUUCAGGAUUUAUAUGGGCCACUCAUCAUUAGAGAAAGCGAAAUUGACGCGAAGUGUCUUGAACUACGAGUCUCACAAGAACUAUUCACCUGAUGAUGUGAUCGUGAAAUUUGACAUCGGAAUCAUGUUCCUGUCGAGACCUGUCAAAUUCAGGUCCAAAGUGCAAAAAGUGAUAUUACAACCGAAGUUUAGUGCCAAAGUUGACAAGAAAUUGGCUGUGGCUGGGUGGGGUAAUACAAAUUUGAAUGAUGAAAAAGGAGGUAUCAGCACGAGGCUAAAAGCGGUCGUGAUGAAUCCGAAUAAGAAAUGUAAUCUGAAUGGAGUCAUCUGCACCGCACCUCAAAAAGGAUUUCCAUACACCGGGGACUCUGGCGGCCCUAUGGUAAAUACCAAGACCCAGCGUCAAGUCGGUAUAGUCUCUUUUCGAGAUAUGGAAACGGGGACAACAGGGUUUACCAGCGUACCAUAUUACUGGGAUUGGAUCGACAAGACACAACUCAAAUUGUUCAAAAGAUUUUGCAAAAAGGGAAAGUAAACUAUAUGUCUAAUGAAUAUCUUAGGAGAUUGGCAAAGGAGUUGCGUCGUGAUUUUCUAGCAGUUUUGGGGCAUAUCUGCAAAGAAAUCGGACCACCCCAUUUUAUUUUAAAAAUUUUUAUCAAUUUCUGUAACAACUGUAAGCGACUACUGUGACCUGUGACAUAUUAUAUACCUAAUGAAAGGUUGGCUUUUCCUCUAUAAAUUUAUGUGAUUUUCACACUUUUUUGCUGCCAAUAUUUUCUGACUUUCAGGGCUAAGAACGUUGUCGCCCUAAAAAUGCGUACUGGAGUGAAACUUAUGCAUUUUGGGAAAACUGCGAUUCUAAGGAAAUCAAGGAAAAAUUAAAACAAUUUUCAGCAUUUUAAUACCGUGUAUUGCCUCCUCUAGCCCUACGACACACAGUCAUACGGUUUUUCAUCGAUCUUAUAUUUUUUUUACAGUGUCUUGAGGGAUGCCCGCCCAUUCUUCUUCGAUUGCAGUCUUUAGCUCCAAUAAGGUUUCAGGGGCGGGAUUUCUGGCCAGGAUUCUUCUUUUCAGCUCGUCCCAA